AUGACAAGCGCAGCAGUCUGUCUGCUCGUCUGUGCAGGCUAUGGCUGCUUGCGCGCGUCAGCGCUCGAUGGACAAGGGCAUCGAUGCGAGUGGGCGAGUGACGCCAGCAGGUUGCCGGGUGGCAGGGUAGCGUGCCAGGAGUACUACGUCGCAGAGGCAGAGUCUGUAUGCUGUUGUAAUCACGAUCGAGGGCUGGACCAUCUAUUCUGCGUCGCUCCUGGCUCGAUGCUCCUCCUCCUUCGGCGACGACGCGCACCGUGGCAAGAUCGAUCAGGUAGGUGUCAGCCAAAGACGAAGAAGAUUGGGCAAGGGAUGGCAGACGGCGGGGAGAGUGCAGAUGCCAAGCGGAAGAGGACAGCAGAAGAGCGUCGGCAGAAGAUCCUCUCUCGUGGGACGGACAGGCUGAACAAGAUCACGACGACGGCAAGAGGAGAGGAAGAAGCGAAGAAGCUCUACCGCUCUCACCAGCCCCUCCAUGCCUCCGCUCCUCCGCGACAGACUGGCUCUGCCAACGAUGACCCUGCUGAUAUCGAUCUGAGCGCAACAGACGCUGCAGCACGACAGCGGCUACAGGGACAACAGGCACAGAGGAUGAGGGACAUGUUUGGCGGUCCAUCCGGUGGACCACGUCCUCCUUCUGCUGCUCUCAUGGCCGAGUCCGACGACGAGCUAUCGGGACCCGAAGCAGCGAGAUGGGAUCCCGCUUCGACUGCCUUUGGGCCUCGUUCGAUGGCCUCCCCCCUCAAUGCGCCCAAUCCAGACAAACCGUUCGAUAUGGCUUCACUGCUCGCCAAUAUGGGCGGCGGCGACGGAUCAGCCAACGCUGAGACGAUGCCGCCCUUUCUCGCUCAGAUGUUGCAAGGCAUGGGUGCACAGUCCAACGAGGUUCCCCUCCAAGUCGUCUCGCCAAAGACUUGGCCGGAGAGGUUGUUCCCGGUCGUCCAUAUUGCCUCGAUGGUCUUGCUGGCUGGCUAUGCCAUCCUCAUCAUCGAACCUGGCAAUCGAUGGACGACUUUCGGGGGAAGCAUCUCGGGCGGCCUGAGGGUCCAGUGGGAGGGAUGGCGAAGUCUGGCAACGCGCUCGCCUGCCAAGACGCCCGAUGGACUUGCUGCUCAAGUCUGGUCGGGAGGUAGCUGGAUCGCUGCCGUCCCUAUGCUCUACAUGUUUGUCGUCGUCGAGCUGUUGCUCCAAACGACGCGCUUGCUGCUCUUCAAGGCUCGACCGAAAGUGUCCGGACUCCUGUCGAUGGCGUUGCCUUACAUUCCAGCGCCGUACAAUGCCUACAUCCUCACUUCCCUGCGCUACUGGUCGCUCCUGUCCACGCUGCUCGACGAUCUAUCUGUCCUGAUCGUCAGCCUGGGCAGCAUGGUCAUCCUCGCCGAGCUACGCCACAGGGGCGGCUGGGCCUCUCUCAACGACGCAUUAGAAGACACGGUCUCGCAAGCGAAGCAAGAUCUCUACAGGGGUGCAGAGUCCUACCUUCCCGGUCGGGCGGAGCUGUGA